AUGGAAGUGGUUACCGUUGGGUCGAUGGAGACGCAGAGACAACAGACAGCGGCGUGUUCUGUCGCUGAGACUCUUCUCAUCCUCGUCGGAAGGAAUCUCGCUUGUCUCCUCCUUGUGGCGGAGUCUUUACUGAUUGGGAUGAUUGCUGAAGAUCAGAGGCUUUCUGUGAAGGAGGGUUUCAAGAAAGCAAGCUGUGAUGAGGAAGCCAAAGAUGCAAGCGACUCUGAUGAUGAUAACGACUCUGAUGAUAACGCUGAGGACGACGACGAUGAUGAUGAUGAUGUCAAUGAUGAAGAUUUCUCAGGGGAGGACGAAGGGGAAGAAGCUGAUGAUCCGGAGGAUGAUCCAGUGCCUAAUGGUGGUGGAGGAGGAGCAGGAAGCGAUGAUGACGACGACGAUGAUGAUGAGGAUGAUAAUGAUGACGAUGAUGAUGAGGACGACGAGGAGGAAGAUGAUGAAGAGGAAGAUGACGAAGAUGUUCGCCAGCCACCUGCUAAGAAGAGAAAAUGA